AGUAAUAGUAACGGUAAUGCGUUACAUACGUUUUGUCCCAAAAGGUUUAGUUUAAAGAGAAAGCACUAUAAUGAUUACGCAUAGUAGCCAAAGAGUAAAUAGUAAUUUAAUUCAAGUUAAUUAACUUAAUGUACAGUGUUUAGUGCUUAAUGUUGAAAUUCGUUAAAUGUCAAGUGACAUCGUUGUUUUAGUUUUAACUAUGAUGCUCCAGCAAUUCUGGAUACGUUACAGCUCUAAUCCAGUCCGCAGCGUCGUUAAGACUUUUUACAGGUCAAUAUAUGAGGCCCCCUUCCCAGCUCUUACUAUCUGCCCAUUAAUACCACCCAUGUCUUCAAGACGCAGAAAAGUGUUUGAAAGUAUAAUUAUACCACGCAAUAUGACUAACAGUACAGCAAAGUUCUUGAUUAGAUAUGGUCCCGCGUUUGCGAAUGAAAACGCUCCUGGUGGCCAGAGUCAUGUGGACGAGAUGAAAUUACUGUUGGAGACAAACAACAUGACACUGAUAGAUUUAAUAAAAGCUUUACGACCUUGCGAAGACUUGUUCGAAACCUGUUUUUGGGAAACCCAUGUUAGAAAUUGCAGCGAACUGUUUAAAGUGUCUUAUACUUUCACAGGUAUAUGUUGCUCCUUUAACUAUCUUCUCGAAGAUUUUAUAAAAACCGGCAGGACCAGAAACUUCAACAAACUUCGUACAACUCUUUAUUACGGACCAAGAUCCGGUCUUAAAGUUGUUCUACACCGAAAUUUUUUAUUUGAGGAUGAUGACCCAGAACAAAAAUACAUCAAAUAUUCAACAAAUUCCGUCGGUCUUGUGAUGUUUCCUCACCAUCCUCUGGAAUAUGUCGCCACCAUGGCUCCUAGACACAUUCUACAAGCAGAGCAAGAAUUACAGAUCUCCGUAACUCCAGUUGUCAAUAGCAAACUUUCCGGAUAUUAUCGAGAUUCUCAUACUGGUAAAAUGACUCCGAAUUGCGCAGAUGUUAAAGCUAAAUUGAAAUAUUUUCCUACGUAUCGAUAUUCCAACUGCUUUACCAGCUGCUCUAUCAAUGCUACUUUGAAUAUUUGUGGUUGUUUACCAUACUACUAUACGCCCAUAACUAUUAAACAUUCUAUAAAGCUUUGCGACUGGGAAGAUUUCCCUUGUCUUUGGAAGAAUGCAAACAAAACACGGAUCAUCACAAACAUGGUUACAGAAAAUUUUACAUGCGAAUGUAUAACUCCAUGCUGGAAUGUGAUGUACCAUUUACGUACUUCUACGCUCCCGUUAAACGGUGCACACGAAUUCAAUCCCCCGAUAUAUAAAAAUCUUUCGAAAGCUCAAUCUGUUCUAAGCGUAUUCAUGAGAUCCUCAACAUUCAUGGAAACAGAAACAAUCCCGGUUGCUGAUGAAUUAUAUUUACUAUGUGCGCUGGGCGGCGUAUUCAAUCUUUUCUUGGGAUGUAGCUUCAUAAGCGUCCUGGAGAUUUUUUACUUCAUAGGAAUAUAUCUUUGUUCCGCAGUCAAGAAGUCAAAAUAAUCGUCGCCAAAAGUUUCACUAGCGAUAUAUAUUAAACAAUGUAAUUGAAUUUAUAAAUUAAACAACGUAAUUGGAUGUUUGAUCGCACUUUUAUCGGAAGGGUAAUUGAAUGAGGAAAUGAAUUUGGCAUUGGUACACCAUCGUACAUAACAUCUCUCGGGACACCGGGUGUGCGGAUGCCGCAUCGAGCAACUACGAAUCUGGAGCGAUUAGAUCUAUUUCGAGCGGUUACUGGAGCGCUGCCGUAACAUUUAAGUCCACGCCCGUGAAAAUAUUUACUACGACGAGUUUCCUACGAAAGAGAGAGAGAAAGAGAGAGUUUGAGAUAUCGUGUGUGGUGAUCUUCGGAAUUAAAUCGUACACGACAAAUGAUCUGCAUAAGUUUACGAAUAAUGUUGCAAUUUCUGGUCCUUCUUCAGGAUAUCGCUCGAUCGGUUACGUAAACGUGACACGUCAAUUUUCGUACUCGUGCAUCUCAUUUGAUUUGUGCAUUUCGUCAUCCGCACGCACCUGCACGCACCUGUCCGUUAAAUGUUGGCAAUAAUAUAAGGAACACAUUUGAAAUUAGCAACGUGCAAAUAUAACGGGGUGGCAUUCCGGUACGGUCAAGUACGGAGAUGGCAGAUUUACGUCGGAACUGGAAGAAACGUAAAAGCGGUGUUGACUUGUUAGAGCCGAGUAAAUCUGGUAUUUGACUUGGCGAUUGUACGAGACGUAUAAGUUAUCCCGCAAAACAAAGGCGAGAACAGCGGAUGUGUGCGUACAAAAAAAAAAGUGGAUAUUUAUAUCAUAGAAGUCGGUAUUUGAGAAGUGCGCAUGAAUACAUUAAGCAAAGUAAUUCGAUACUUGAGUCAUACGCGGCCUCACACAGGAGAAUCUCCGCCUUACGUAAUGUUUGAAAGCUUUUCGUUAAACGCGGCCCUAAUUGCGGCCCAGCAUUGAAAUGUGUACUAAUCAUGUCGUCUAUUUUCGCGUGCGCUGUCGAAAAUACCGAUUUAGUUCUACGCGGACGUACGGCCGAACUUCGAGAGCUGGAAGCGCCGACUAUUUUUGGAGAAACGCCCACACAUAACGCGGAACGGCCACGUCGUUCGCGUCUCUACAAAGUUCUCGCCGUUUUGCACCUCGUAACAGAAUCCGCAAUUUUUCGCAAUUGCGCGCGUCCUCCUUCUCUAAUUGUAGCCCGUUUUACCAUCACGCAUACCAGCACGAUAAUAAUGACAUAAUGACAAGUUAUUUCCGGAGU